AACUGUUUCAAGUAAAUAAUUUAUAAAACCGAAGAAAUAGCAGCAGAAUCAAUCCAUCACACAGCAGCAGACCCAUUUAACUCGAUCCCCCCCACUCGGUAGACCAAGAGACAAACUCACCGAGUAAACAUACACACGAAACCUCCUGUGUCGUCGUCAGUUUAUUAAAAAAGAAAAACCACUUUGAUCGCGUCUCAUGUUUGGUGGAGGAAGAGGGCCUAUGGGCGGCGGCGGAGGUAUGUUACGCGCCGCCGGUCGUGCUAUGACUAGGACCGGCGUAGCCAACGGCGGAAUUCAAGAUCCCUUUGCUUCUUCUUCGUCCACGUCGUCCCCUGCUGGAAACGCCUCUGUUUCUCAUGCUCAGAAACUCGGAUCGUCUUCUGGGUCUAACAACCUUACCAUUUCGGCGGCUGCUGCAGGGUCCCUGUUGAAUCUUCCGGUGUCUGCAACCUCUGGAUGGGGCGGCGGCGCUUUUUCUUUUGUUAAUUCCGGUGCUUACGAUGAUUUUGAGUGGGUUUCAGAGGAAGAAGAUGGCUCUCUGUUUGGCUCUGCUCCUUCUGUCGAUGAAGUCCAAGAUGCUGUCUCUGCUCUCCAGCAGGUUUUCGAUGGGAGUUCAUAUUCUAAGCUGGUUAGAGACAAAUUCGAGUGUUAUCCAGACAAUAGUGGUGGAAACCAGACCCCAAUAGCUACAGGGAUGGUUCAUCAAGUUCCUUCAUUUGGAUCGGAUUUGGACUGGAUGGAGCCGUCAAUGCAACUGUGCCAUUCAAGAAUCUCACCGCCUCAUGCUUAUGAUCAGGUUUACAAUGCUUUUGACCUACUGCGAACAGAACCAUCUGUCCAGAGAAUGGUAGUGUCACUGUCCUCGGAUAAAGCAGUCUGGGACGCUGUGAUGAACAACGAUGUGGUGCGAGAGAUUAGGGACUUGUACAACAAUGGCAUAAGUCAAGAUGAGGAGAAUUCAGAUGACACUCCUGAGGAGCAUAACGCAGCAAUGGAUUUCAUAAAGUGGGUAUUUGACAACACAAUGGUUAAGGCCACCGAAGUGUUUGUGAAAAUAACAAAGGUGGUGGCUGAGCUCUUCAAUAGUUACAAUGACGAUGGUGUUAACAAAAAGGGGAAAGAUGCCAAAUUCAACAAUUGGCUUGAGGAAAAGCUGAUGACUUCGGUCCUGCUCUCCAUUGUCGUCCUGCUGGUUGUGAUGGUUUCCAGAGCCUGCAACAGGUCUUGAUCGUUUCAAAUUUGUCGACAAUACAUCUUAGUCUUUGUCUCUUAGACACUACUUGUUUAGCUUUCUUUCAGGGCAUUAUGUGGUUUGUUUGAGGAUCUCUGGUUUUGUAUUCCAUUGUUGACAAUUUAGAAGAUUUACUCUGUUGCGUUUCUGUAAUAAGAGCUCUGAAUGUUUCAAAACGUUAAAGAGUUUUCUUUUACCCCA